GGUUUACCUGCGCGUCACAUGUCCAGUGUUUGUUACCAGAAGGUCCGGGAAGAGUGUGUUUCAGUGAACCCACCGGUCACUAACAGCUGAACACCAAAGCAACUAAAGUAAACCAAGGGGAGACGCCUUGGGGUCUCUAUGGCGAACCAGGAGCCCACCGACCCCUCGCAUGCUCUGUUUGACCUCUUCGUUGGAGCCAAAACCUGCAGGGAUGUGCAGCAACACUUUUCGGCGCUGUGCGUGCAGCUCCAAGUGGAUCCCAAGGACUACAGGGUCUUUUACUCCAAGCUGAAGGAAAGGCUGAACUACUGGAAGGCCAAAGCCCUGUGGGUGAAGAUAGAUAAGAGGGCGUCACACAAGGACUACCAGCAGAGGAAGGCCUGUGCCAAAAACAAGUGUCUGGUGCUGGGGGCCGGACCAUGUGGGCUGAGGGCCGCUGUGGAGCUGGCCCUGCUAGGGGCCCAGGUGCUGGUGGUGGAGAAGAGGGCGUCCUUCUCCAGGAACAACGUGCUGCACCUGUGGCCCUACACCAUCUACGACCUCCGAGGGCUCGGAGCCAAGAAGCUCUACGGUCGAUUCUGCACCGGGACCCUGGACCACAUCAGUAUUCGCCAGCUGCAGCUCAUCCUGCUGAAGGUGGCUUUGGUCCUGGGGGUGGAGGUGUUGACUGCGGUGGAGUUCCAGGGUUUGGAGGAGCCCUCCGGGGACAAAGGUUGGACGGCCAAACUGCAUCCUAAUCCCCAUCCUACGCUGGUCUUUGAAUUUGAUGUCUUUAUUUCUGCUGGAGGGGGGAGCUUUCUCCCUGAUGGCUUCAAGCACAAGGAGCUCAGGGGGAAGCUAGCGAUCGGCAUCACGGCCAACUUCACCAACAGACACACUGCGGCCGAGGCCCAGGUGGCAGAGAUCAGCGGAGUGGCCCGCAUCUACAACCAGAAGUUCUUCCAUGAUCUGCUCACUCAAACAGGUAUUGAUUUAGAAAACAUUGUUUACUAUAAGGACGACACCCACUAUUUUGUGAUGACUGCCAAGAAGAAGAGUCUGUUGAAGAAGGGCGUCAUUAAGCAGGACUACAGCGACGCUGAGCAGCUGCUGGCCCGGGAGAACGUGGACCAUGACGCCCUGUGGCGCUACGCCUACGAGGCGGCCAACUUCUCCACCAACCGCCAGCUGCCUGACCUGGAGUUCGCCACCAACCCCGCGGGGCGGCCCGACGUGGCCAUGUUCGACUUCACCUGCAUGCACCGCGCCGAGCACGCCUCGCUGGUGCGGGAGCGCCGCGGCAAGAAGCUGCUCAUGGGCCUGGUCGGGGACAGCCUGGUGGAGCCCUUCUGGCCCCUGGGAACGGGUAUUGCCCGGGGUUUCUUUGCUGCCUUUGACACUGCGUGGAUGGUGAGAAGCUGGGGCCUGGGAGACCCCUACCUCAAAGUGCUGGCUGAGCGAGAGAGUGUCUACCAGCUCCUGUCCCAGACCACCCCGGAGAACACCAACAAGAACUACACGUCCUACAGCAUCGACCCCACCACGCGGUACCGGCACGUCAACCUGUCCGCCAUACAGGUGCACCAGGUACAGCAGCUGUACGACGUCAACGACAAGUCCCUCCCUACGAGCAAGAAGAACAAAGCCGCUCACCUACGACAAGAUUCGGCGGGUGGUGUGGAGGAUCUGUUGAGGUGGUGUCAGAAGAACACGGCGGGCUACGCCGGAGUAGAAGUGAAGGACUUCACCCUGUCGUGGACCUCGGGCCGAGCUCUGUGCGCCCUGAUCCACCACUUCAGACCCCAGCUCAUUGACAUGUCGUCUCUGAAUGAGUCCAAUGCGGUUCACAACCACCAACUGGCCAUGGAUCUUCUGGAGCGGGAGCUGAGCAUCUCCCCGGUGAUGGCCGCCAGCGCCAUGGCCAGCAGUGGCCUGAUAGACAAGCUGUCCAUGGUGCUGUACCUCACCCAGGUCCACGACGGCUUCACCAAGAACAAAAACGAGCCUGCAGACGUCCUGGACCUGCCCAAGCCCCUGACUCUGUCGCGAGCGCAGUCUGCCGUCUACUUCCUGAGCAAGCUGAAGCACAACUCGCUGCAGAGACGCAAGGAGAAGCUGGCCUCACAGAGACAGGAGAAGACCAACAUGGGCGAUGAGACCUGCCCUGCAGCCCCCCCUGUUGCCCCGGAGGGGAACCAGGGCUCCGGUGUGAAGGGGGACAUCGAGCCGGACGCGGCCCCGGCACUGGGCAGCAGCAGCGAGGACUGCUACAGCUGUGGCCAGCGGCUGUACCUCCUGGCCCGCGUCAACGCCAUGGGGAAGUUCUUCCACCGCCACUGCUUCACCUGCCACAAGUGUGGACACCCGCUGAGGCUGGGCGGCUACACCUUCCACCAGACCACAGGGUUCUUCUACUGCGAGCUGCACUCCGAACACCUGGGCCCCGAGAACGGAUCUGAGGACUCCUCUGAUGAGGCGUGUGCAGGAGGAGACGGUCCGACGGAUGAAGAGAACAGCAUUUCUAGUGACGAAGACGUUCCCUCCCCCUCAGACGAGGAUCAAGAACACAAGCUAGACUCUGGACCCACACGGCCACAUCCAGUCCAGGGAGAUCAACACCAGACCAUCCCUGGACCUAUAGGGAACCCCCAGUCCCCUGCAAAGCCCCCUCAUGCCCCCGGGAUGGUGGCGCCCAUUGAAGAGGAGGAAGAGGAGGAGGAGGAGAAGACCACUACGCCCACCGUGUCCCCUCCUACCCCAAAGCCCCGCGUCUCCAAGCAGAACCAUCCCAGCCCGCAGCCCUCGCCUCCGGUCCCCAAGCCGCGAACCCUCCACCUGGUCGACCCCCUAGCCGACGACGAGGACCCCGGAGGGUCCCCUGAGCACCAGGACCGGGGGUCCCCCUGCCAGAAGGACUCCCGGCCCAAGCAGUCUCUGCGGAAGCUGCAGCUGUCGGAGGAGGAGAAGUGCCAACUGGUGAACCUCCAGAGCUUCAGCGCCGACUCGGACUCGGAGACCCCCGGGGGGUCUUCCAGCUGCUCCUCUUCGUCCGCGGCCACGGCGGGGGGGCCGAGCCCCCCCAAGCCGGCGGGGCAGGGCCAGGGCCAGGACCCGGGGCAGGAGGAGGAGGGCUACUGGAGCGGCAGCACGGUGCAGCGCGAGAAGAGGAACCGCCGCUGCUUCCGCAGGAAAGAGGAGCCGGGCGGCCAGGCUAAGACCAGGGUCCGCUCCAAGUUCUCCCCCUGGAACCUCUCGUCGCCCCGGCUCAGCAGAGACCCCCGGCUGAGCGUCCUCACCCCCCACCCGGGCAGAGUGGAGACAACUUUCAGACAUGGCCACAGCACUUCAGAAGAUGGGGCUGAUGAAGAGGAGGACGAUGAUGACGACGAUGACGAAGAUAUGAUGUUUGGGAGAGACGACAUCGAAUUCCCUGACGAGAAGCCCUCUGACCCCGUCGAAGCAGAGAAGUUGGAACUGAGGAAGAUGAGGACCCUGGAGCGAAGAGCCAAGAUGACGGAACUACAGCGCUUCCGUAAUGCCCAGUCCAUCCAGAGGAGGCUGGAGGAGAUCGAGGUGACCUUCAAAGAGCUGGAGGAAAAAGGCGUGGUGCUGGAAAGAGCUCUGAGAGGGGAGCCAGGAAGUGGAGGUUCUCCUGAGAUGAUCGAGCAGUGGAUACAGCUGGUCCACGAGAAAAACGCAGUGGUUUCUGAGGAGUCUGACCUCAUGGUGGCGUCUCGACAGCUGGAGCUUGAAGACCAACAGGGCAUACUGGAACUGGAGCUCAGGAAGUACAUGGAACUGAGCGACUCUGAGAAGACGGCGGAGCAGCAGGCGGAGGAGGAGCGCAUCCUGCAGCAGAGGAUGGAGGUGGUGGACAUGAGGGACUCCCUGGUGGCCUUCCUGGACGAGAAGCGUCUGAAGGAGAUGAGCGAGGAGCAGGAAGCCUUCACCCUCAGGGAGGCCAAGAGACACUCCAAGGCGGGGGCUCAGGUGCACUGGGAGUAAAGGGGCUGGGGGGGGGAGCACCAAAAUAGAGAGAGGGAGACACACACACACACACACACACACACACACACACACACACACACACACACACACACACACACACACACACACACACACACACACACACACACACACACACACAUUUGGGAAAGGGAGGGGUCCUCUUGCCAGUGACAUGAUGACAAGCUUCUACAAAAAAAGAUGCCAAAGAUGGUCCUCACAGGGGGGGAGGGGAGAGAGUGGAUGGAGAGAUUCCCCCCCCCCCAAACCAGGUUGUGGCGUGUGCACACCCAGAUCCCCAGGGAUUUGGCCCUUUGAGAAGCAUCAACAUUCUGUAGGACUGAAAGAAAUAAUGAAAUGAAAAGAUGCCAGGAUAUUUGUAUAUAAAAUGAAUGCCAUAGAGAUCCUCAUGUUGGAAGUGUCAGAGCCUGUGUGGUUUUGGAUAAGAAUGCGAUGAAAAAUAAUCGCAUCUGAUGUAUUACUGCGAGAAUCAGUGCUUCUAAACGCUGGGGCGUGUUAAACACAAAAACUACUAUUGUUCUUUUUCUAUACUACAUAGAAGUCCUUCUAGCGGUGACCUGGUCUUAAAGAAUAUAUAUUAUGUUCUAAAUAUAUAUAACAGAUGAUGUGACAAAGCGUUUAAUUCACAGAUACUUUUUUAUAUCUUCAUCGUCAUUGAUGUAGCGGUUCCACUUUCUUUGCUUUUUCAGAUGCAUGUUUCUAGCUGCUCUCAGGGCUUCAGUUCUCCUGAUCUAGUCUUAGGUUUCUUUCACUGAUGGCCUUUAACUGUUAGGCGGCUCUUAAGGCUGAGCUAACCCUAGGAAACACAGAGGUUUACAGAGGAGAAAGGGGAAGCUAUUUUAUUUCAGCGAUUGACUAUGAGGCUUCAUUUGCAGACCAGAACUUUGUUGUUGUUUCUGGUGCACAAAAAAUAUUUUCAAGCUAAGGAGAAAGACCAUGUCAUGUUCUUGAAAAGCCUUAAAUAUUCAUUCUGUCAAAGAUCACUUCACAACUAUAUAAAAAUAAAGAUCAUGCACUUUG